CGAUCUCAAUCCCAAUUCACAGGUUGCGUCCUUCAUUCCGACGAUACCCCAGCGACGCGACCCUUUCCUCCCUUGGCCACUGCUAUUGACUCCUUCGCCAUCGGCUCCACGGGAAUCGCUUAUCAUCCCCGGGAUUUCAACUCUAUCGCCUUUGCGAUCGAUCUUUGUUUCUUAACAGCCACUUCACUUGAGCUCCUUGGCAAGACGCCAAUUCAUAGGCGAUCAUUGGUCCCUUCGGGCUUCCAUUCCACUCACCUUGUAUCGUCUCGCUAGCUAGCGCAGAAAGUUAUUUAUCAUGUCUUCCAAGGCAGCGGUUAACCACCCCAUGAACACGAAGCAGAAGGAGCAGGACAUCAACCAAAAGCUGCAGCUCUUUGGUAUCUAUCAAGCGUUCAAGAAUGGCAAGCUCCCAUCGAACAAGCAAUGCGACGUUGCCUUGAACACCGCGCUCCAGCACAAGGCUCUCUCUUCCCCGUCGAAAGAACUCUCCACUGAGGGACAAGGCCUUGUCCAAGAUCUCCGUGAUGUUAUCAACAACGCCAAGAAGCUCAUGCUGAGCAAGAACGACGGCCAGCUGCUUCAAGAAUUCCUCUGGGAGGCCCAGAACAUCUCCGCAGAAGAUACAGAGAAGCCUGGUGUGCCUGUGACCAAGGACGCGGCUCAGCAGGAUGCUCAGGAGUCCAUCGAGGGACUGAAGACCUUAGGAAGACUCCUGAUCACUAAUGGAGAAUUCAGAAAGCUUCUCAAUGAUGCUAUGAUCCUGGCCCGCGAUAUGGCUGGCGAUAUGUCCCAAAAGGCUUCCGACCGGCUGAGGCCAUCACAGGACCAACUUGCUCAGAUCGACGAGCCCGCCGAGGAGAAUGUGUGGCAUGAGCAACCGGACUUCUCGCAGCAAAAGGAACAGUUCAAGUCCCGCUUCAAGAAAAAUAAGGAAGAGGGCAAGCAAGACGUGACAGAUACAGCCGCUCAGGCCGCGACCGGUGGACAGCAGCCCCAGAGGGUCUCAGAUGUCGAUCCUCGUGCUGGUGUGACCGCCGGAGCACAGAGAGCUCAGGAACUGGUCUCAGACAAUGUUCCCGAGGAACAGAAGGACCGGGCUCGUGAGUACCGUGAAAGAACCAAGAACUAUCUGUCAGAGAAGAUGCCUCAAGAGCGCCGCGACCAGGCCAUCUGGCGAUUGAAGAAGAUGGUCAUUGAAAUCCAAGGCCAUUCUGACUACCAGCAGGCUAUUCGGACUUUGCUUUCAAUGGCCGAGAAGUAUGGUAGUCACACCCGUAACCUUUCUCAGCAGGGUGCUGGGUCAGUCCAGGGCUUCCGAAGCGGUGAUAAGAUCCAGAAAAUGGAAACAAACCUGAGGACUCUGCUUGAGCGCUUCGCCAACAGCACUUCUCUUGACAACCUCUUCGACUCCCUCGACAACAUUUACCGAGAUGCGGACAGAGACCCCGAACUGAAGGGAUGGUUCCGCAACAUGGACACAUUCAUUAGAAAAACUCUGACCGAGCAGGGUUACAUUAUGGAGGAUGACUGCACCCGUCAGUGGAACCAGUUGAAUGAGCACGGACGAUACCUACUGCGUGACCGCUACAAGGACCACACAGAUCGUAUCUUGGAUGAGAUCAAGUUCAUUGGUGAUCAAUUCAACCAAGAUCCCCAGAACCUGGCAUUCAGAAGCUCCUUGGAGAAACUCUUCGAAGACCUUGGUCGGGACUCGAGCGGCAAUGUGGCCUUCAAGAAGCAUCUUCUCAAGGACAUUCGGGAUGUCAUCCUCCCUGCUGCCUUUGAGAACGUCCGUUACGUCCCGGUCCCACGGAUCGAAGUGUCUGACCCCUCAGCUGAUGUGGUUGUGGAAAACCUCGUUAUUGAGAGCGACAACUUGAUGCCAAACGUGGUUGAAUUCGGCAGCGACAACUACUUCCGCUGGGGACGCAAGAAGAUUAGCAGCAAGAGAGACAACAAGAUCAUGAUCUCUGUCUCGGGGAUCCAAGCCGAUCUUAGGGAUGUCAGCUACUAUAUCAACCGAAAGCAGGGAUUCCCAGCAAUCACUGACACCGGUAUCAUGGACAUCUUCUUGGGUGGUGAAGGUUUCGGGUUCAAGAUCGCGGCCUCUACUGCCCAAAAGGAGGAUAGUCAGCACUACAUCAAGCUGGACAAAGUGUCCGUCAAGAUUGACUCUUUCAACGUGAAGCUGAAGAAGUCGAAGCAUAAGGCACUUUUCACCAUCUUCAAGCCUCUGCUCUUCCGUGUCGUUCGUCCGACCCUACAGAAGGUCAUUGAACAGCAGAUUCGGGAUGCGUUCGCCAAGGGUGAUGCCCUUGCGUACGAAAUCCAAUCUCGGGUCAACGAGGCUAAGGAGGCCAGCCGCGAGGACCCUGCCAACGCCCCCAAUAUCUACUCCCGCUACCUGGAUGCUUUCCGUGCCCGUGGCGAAGAGAAGGCUCGCAAGGCUCAGGCCCAGGCCCAGGCUGCGGCCCAGCGUGGUACCAAGGUCCAGACCGCUACUACUCUUCACGAUUCCAUCUUCCCCGACAUCAAGCUUCCUGGUGGUAUCUCCAGCAAGGCUACGGAGUACAAGGAGUUGGCCAUGAAGGGUGAACGCUGGGAGUCCCCGGUCUUCAGCAUUGGCAGUGCGUCCGAGUCUACCGAUAUUCCCAAGCCGGCAAGCAUCUCCCGCAAGCGCCGCUCCCCUCUUGAGCAGGGCCCAACCACUGGGGCAGGCACCAAUGGCUCUGCGGCUCUCGCUGACGGAAAGCCGACCACCGGAGGCGUGGCAGCUCUUGAUGGCCGGGCGGUCAAUGGCUCUCACGCCCUGGGCACCAACGGCUACACUAACGGUCACACCAACGGGCACGCCAAUGGCCACACUAACGGUCACACUAACGGCUACACUGCCGGCACCAACGGCUAUUCCAAUGGCCACUCCAAGCCCUAUGACCAUGUGGCCGCCUCCCGCGGCUUCUCCGACGAAGUCAACCAAGCGUUCGGCAAUGGCCACACUAACUUGAGUGCCAAUGGCCGUCCCACUGUCCCUGGUGCUCAGACCGCAUUCAACCCCCAGACCGCUUAA